AAAGCAAUUUUCAAUUAAAAUUAAAGAAUUUAGACUUGAACGAUAUGUGUCUACAACACUAAAAUUAUGCAUUUCAAAUCAACCAUCUGAACCUUCGAAUCUGACUGGCAAAGAUUUAGAAUUAUAUAAACUUUAUCGACCCGAACGUGAGACACCGUCAAAACGAGGAGUUGCACUUCUCAAAACACCACGUUUGAAUAAAGGAAUGGCAUUUGGUUUGUAUGAACGACAAUAUUUAGGAAUACAUGGACUUUUGCCACCAGCAUUUAUGACUGUCGAACAACAAGUCUUUCGUAUAAUUACACAGUUACGCUCACAACCUAACGAUUUAGCUCGAUAUAUACAGCUAGACAAUUUACAGGAUAGAAAUGAAAAAUUAUUUUAUCGCGUUUUAUGCGAAUAUAUUAAGGAAUUGAUGCCAAUUGUUUAUACACCGACAGUUGGAUUAGCGUGCCAAAAUUUCGGAUAUAUUUACAGAAAUCCAAAAGGGUUAUAUAUAACAAUUAACGACAAUAGUAUUAGCAAAAUCCAUCAUAUAUUAAGCAAUUGGCCUGAACGCCAUAUUCGUGCUAUUGUGGUGACUGAUGGUGAACGAAUUCUGGGUUUAGGUGAUUUAGGAGCAUAUGGUAUUGGAAUACCCGUAGGCAAAUUGGCUUUAUAUGUUGCACUUGGUGGUAUCCAGCCUCAAUGGUGUCUUCCGGUUCUACUGGAUGUUGGUACGGACAAUGAGGAACUUUUAAACGAUCCUUUUUAUAUUGGCUUGAGAAGGCGAAGAGUUCGCGGUGAAGAAUACGAUUUAUUAUUGGAAAAUUUUAUGAAAGCUUGUACGAAGAGAUUUGGUCAGAAAACACUAAUUCAAUUCGAGGAUUUUGCAAAUCAAAACGCUUAUCGUCUUCUCGAUCGUUUCAAGCAAAGGUAUACGAUCUUCAACGAUGAUAUUCAAGGAACAGCAGCAGUUGUCUUGGCCGGUCUAUUAGCGUGUUGUAAAGUUAUGCAUAAAAAAUUGCAUGAAAAUUCAUUCAUUUUUUUGGGCGCAGGAGGGGCAGCUAAUGGAAUAGCUGAAUUAUGCGUACACCACAUGUGUGAUGAAGGCAUUCCAAGAGAAAAGACCUAUGAACGCAUUUAUUUCAUGGAUAUUGAUGGACUAAUUACGAAAAAACGAAAAUCUUUAAGUCAACACCAAGUACCAUUCGCUAAAGAUAUGGAAGAAUGUAAUGAUUUACUAAAGCUUAUCAAGAUUGUUCGUCCACAUGGUAUAAUUGGAGCGUCGACAGCUCGAGGUGCUUUCACUAAAGAAAUAAUUCGGUUUAUGGCUGAAAUAAAUGAUCGUCCCAUAAUAUUUGCUUUAUCAAAUCCAACGAGUAAAGCGGAAUGUACAGCAGAGGAAGCAUUCUGUCAUACUGACGGACGAGUUUUAUUUGCUAGCGGAAGUCCCUUUAAAAAUGUUCACUUUAAAGGACGUUUAUUCAAACCAGGUCAAGGAAAUAAUGCUUAUAUUUUUCCUGGAUUAGCUCUUGCAGUCGUCUUAUUCCAAAUACGCCAUAUCGAUCACAAAAUAUUCCUGAUUGCUGCUAAGACGGUAGCAAGAUGUGUCACCGAAAAAGAUAUCGAGGUCGGCCGUCUAUAUCCGAGCCUGAAAUCAAUUCGAGAAGUAUCUAUUCAGAUUGCUAUUGAUAUUGCUGAGUAUUUCUUUCAGAAAGGCAUUGCCGAUUUAUAUCCAAGACCAGAAGAUUUGGAAAAAUACAUUCGUACGCAUAUUUAUUCGACAUCCUAUGAUGAAUUGAUCAAUACAACUUAUCAAUGGCCAGAAAAUGAUAUGAAACAUGGUUUUCCUGUUCCGGUUUCCAUGCAAGAUGAUAUUUAA